AGUGAUCUGAAAUGCAAUCUUCCAUAGCAUGAUGAUCGAGUAGCAGCAGAGAGCAAUCAAGUUUAGUUGAGUUAGUACGUAACAGUUUCGGACGCGAUGUGGAUUGAAGUUUUAACCCUUUUUCUAGCACCAUUCAUUAUAUUUGGUUUGUAUGUGAAACGAAAUUACGGAUAUUGGGCUCGCAGAAAUGUUGCGUUUGUGGAACCGAAAUUUCCUGGAGGCAACUUUGGCGAAGCUACCCAGAUGUCACUGGCUGAGCUUUCCGAGAAACACUACAAGGCCAUGAAAGGUAGUGGCAAAUUCUACGGUUUGUUCUCGUUUGUGAAACCAAUGAUAGUGCUUACGGAUUUGGAUCUGAUCAAAACAGUGCUGAUCAAAGAUUUCAACUACUUUCCGGAUCGUGGUUUCUACUACAAUGCUAGAGAUGAUCCUCUUUCGGCACAUAUGUUCGCCAUCGAAGGCAAUUAUUGGCGAUCGUUGAGGACAAAACUUACACCUACAUUCACUAGUGGAAAGAUGAAGGCCAUGUUUGGAAUCGUUCAAAAUAUAGCGGAUAAUUUAACCAAGUGUUUGAUUGAUGAUGUUGGCGAAGGGGCUGAUUUGGAAAUGAAAGAUUAUCUAGCGAGGUUUACAACAGAUGUGAUCGGAGGUUGUGCUCUUGGGUUGGAUUGCAAUAGUUUCGAGGAUCCGAAUAACCAGUUUCGAUAUGUUGGUCGAAAGCUUUUUGACACUCCAAAAGCUCCUCCUCAACUGGCUGUCCUGCUGAAGAAUUAUCCCGAUUGGGGGAGAGCUUUAAGAUUCAGAAGUCUUCAUGAGGAUGCUAGUGAAUUUUUCUUCAAUACUGUAAAAAAUACUUUGGAACACAGGCAAAGUAAUCAAGUCGAUCGAAAAGAUUUCCUGAACCUGUUAUUAGAGCUGAGAAACAACGGAGUUGCUCUGACGACGGAAGAAAUUGCAGCGCAAGCUUUGAUCAUUUUUCUAGCCGGGUAUGAAACGUCGUCUUCCACUCAAACGUUUUGUUUGUAUCAGUUGGCAUUGAACGAAGCAUGCCAAGAAAAAGCCCGACUCAGUGUGCUAGAAGCAAUCGAAAAACACGAUGGAUUGACAUUCGAAGCUCUUCAGGACAUGGCAUUCUUGGAUCAAUGCAUUAACGAAACUUUGAGAUUGUACCCACCGGUACCGAUUUUGGAACGGAAAGCUUUCCAGGACUACCAGAUUCCGGAAACAAACAUCGUGGUACCCCGAAAAAUGAUGGUUAAUAUUCCGAUAUUCGCAAUCCAGCGAGACGAACAGUAUUAUAGCAACCCGACGGAGUUUGAUCCGGAUCGAUUCAAUCCGGAGCAAGUUGCUCAGCGACAUCCGAUGAGUUUCCUUCCCUUUGGAGAUGGGCCACGGAUCUGCAUAGGCCUUCGGUUUGGAAUGAUGCAAACCCGGAUGGGGUUGGCCACCAUUCUUAGUCGCUUCAGUUUGAAACCGUGCUCAAAGACCCCCAUUCCUAUGGUAUUCACAAGUCGUACGCCGAUGUUGCAAUCUAAGGAGGGUAUAUGGUUGAAGGUGGUGCCAUUGAAAGAAAGGUAAAUUUUUGAUUAAAUGUUUAACUAGUUAAAUAAUUUUUUAUUCAUCCGAAAGUUAUGUUUGAGCUCCCAAUAAAAAUCUUCAAAAUGUAAUGCUAUCGAAAUUUAAGAAAAA